AUGUUGGGGAUCCGUGAAAGGUUCUGGGUCAGAAAGCUUGUAUUAAAGGGGGAGUUCUGGGGAACCAAUUGUCAAUUUCUUUCAGGGGUCCUCUCUAAACCUACACUGAGAGCAGUGCCAGGAAAUGUGGUAGCCACUGGGAACCAGGUGACAUUCUUCUGUGAAGGGCCCUCAGAGGCCAAAGAAUAUCGUCUCUACAAAGUAGGAAGUCAAGACUACCUGAAACCAACAGCCCUUCUAGAAACUGAGAAUAAGGCCAAGUUUUCUAUCUCUUUGGUUAAAUGGAACAAUGCAGGCCAAUAUUGGUGUUCUUAUACAAGUACCAAUGGCUCAUUAGAAAACAGUGACAUCGUGGAGCUGGUGGUGACAGGAGUUUACCCCAGCAAUGUCGCUCUGUCAGCCAUUCCCAGCCCUGUGGUGACUUCAGGGGGCGAGUUACCCUUCAGUAACAUAUACUCUGACAUAUUUGGAGCCACGUUCUUGGUGGAUCCGGUGACCCCCAACAAGAGGUGGAUGUUCACAUGCUAUGGUUAUUCCUUGAGCAGCCCUCAGAUGUGGUCAGUGCCCAGUAACCAACUGGAGCUCCUGGUAUCAGGUUCCCUUCACAAGCCCACCAUAUUUGCUGAGCCAGGCUCUGUGAUCACCUCAGGGAGUUAUGUUACCAUCUGGUGUAAGGCAACACUACCUACACUAAUCUAUGUGAUAUAUAAAGAGGGAAGCCCAGAUCCUUCGGACCAAAAGAACCAAAUAGCCUACAAUCAUAUUGCAAAACUCACCAUUUCAUCUAUGACAGAAUUGAAUGCAGGAAGAUAUCACUGCUACUCAUACACCUCUGCUGGAUGGACAGAAUGCAGUAACACCUUAGAGCUGGUGGUGACAGGAGUCUACAACAAACCCAUACUGUUGCCACUGCAAGACCCUGUUGUGACUGUAGGAAUGACUGUGACGCUCUCUUGUACCUCAAAUCAUUCAUACAACUGGUUCAUUUUAAACAAGGAUGAUCAGAAGUUCUUGCACAGUGAGCGUUCACAAGAUAAAGACACUGGGCCAUUUUUUGCCAAGUUCCAAGUGACACUAGUGGCAUUCAGCCAAAGGUGGAGGUUCAGAUGCUAUGGCUCUUACAGAAGUAAUCCUCAGGUGUGGUCAGAAGGGAGUGACCUUUUGGAACUUCUGCUCUCAGGAAAACUUAAGAAACCCACUUUGAGGGCUGAGCCGGGAUCUGUGAUUGCCUUAGGGAAUAGUGUGACCAUCUCGUGUGAGGGGACAAAGGGAGAACAACCAAUGUAUUUCCUCUAUAAAGAAGGAAGCCCAGCACCCUGGGACAGUCAAACUCCAAAAGAUCCUAGUAACAAGGCCAUGUUCUCAAUAGCAUCCAUGGAACAGCAUCAUGCAGGAAAAUAUCGCUGUUACUCUUACAAGUCUGCUGGCUGGACAGAGCACAGUGAUACCCUGGAGCUGGUGGUGACAGGUGUUCACCAUGGUAAACCUACUCUGUCAGCUUUGCCCAGCCCUGUGGUUACCUCAGGUGGGAACAUGACCCUUAAGUGUGUCUCAUCUAAAAAAUAUGAUUGGUUCAUUUUGACUGGGGCAGAUCAAAAUUUCUCCAGGUCCCAAAAGGCACAGUUUAUACUCACUGGACAGUCCCUAGCUCUGUUUCCUGAGAUCACUGUGGCAUCCAGCAAGAGUGGGCCCUUCAGAUGUUAUGGAUAUUAUACAAAUACCUCACAUGUGUGGUCAGAGGCCAGUGACCCUUUGGAGAUACAUGUCUCAGUCUCACAGCCUCAAGAUCACACAGUGGAGAACAUCAUUCGGAUGGGCGUUUCUGGUUUGAUUCUCACAGUACUUGGGAUUGUGCUGUUUGGGACUUGCCCCAGCCAGAGAAGACCUUGA